AUGCGAUUCCUCGUCUUGCUAACGCUUAUCGAAAGUGGGCUGAGUGUACCUCCACUAAUUCGUGACCCUCCAGUCAGCAGUACUAACAAUGUACCACCUGCAGCACUUGAGCUUCUACAAGAUCGCUUCGGCAAACAUGCACUGUUUAUACCACGCGAUCAAUUACGAGAGGGCUUCGAUCCACUGAGGCCGAUUCAAGGCGCUUUCUUUGUGAGCAGUGACACCGAGCCGUUCAAUCAGGUGCCGUUUAAAACACCCCAAACCACAUCAAUUAUCACGAAUCGAGCACGGCUGCCAUUACCACAGAGUGCUGUUCCGCCUGCACGUGUGGAUGUCUCGGAGACUCCUGUCGCUUCUGCAUCCUUCACUGCACCGCAUGUGGUACCUUUGGAAAUUGCUCCCGAUUCCGAGCAGGAACCACGUGAGAUGCCCGGCCAGGAGUUCACGCUUAGAUCACCAACUGUCGAACAACUCGUCACCACGACUCAGAAUGCACCAACACUGUCGGUUAUCGAACAGAACACCGGU